GGAGCCGAGCCGACGCGCAGGUCCCGGGUGGGGGCGGGACGAGCGCUGCGAACCUGGGAAGCCCAUCUGACCGCGCAGUUGGCACUGCCGGGUCUGGGGCGGGUCCAGAAAAGGACCCCCAGCCGUGCUCCCGAUGGGGCUGUGCUUUCCCUGUCCCGGGGAGACCGCGCCUCCCUCGCCGGACCUGGAAGAGAAAAGAGCAAAGCUUGCAGAGGCUGCAGAGAGAAGACAGAAAGAGGCUGCAUCUCGGGGCAUUCUGGAUGUUCGGUCUGUGGAAGAAAAGAGAAAGAAAAAGGAAAAACUAGAAAAACAAAUGGCUGAAUCCAGGCCCCCACCAGAAGGUGGACUUAGGUGGACAGUUUCAUGAGCAUAAUAUGGGUGGAAAAGUCUGUUGCCAGUAACGAAUAUCUGCAAUCAAGUGGACGUCCUCCGCUUACUUUCUUCUCUUUGAAUAAAUGAAGAUUCAGACUUUGCAAUUUUAGUGCCAUUAAAUGCAGUCAGUACUUUUCAUUAUCGAUAUACUGAAAAUGCUUUUGAUGUUCAAAUUUAGAAAAUGCCAGACCUUUCAUUAAAUACUUAUUUUCUUAUAUUUGCUCUUCUGCAGACAGGCGAUUUGCCCUUAUUUAGGAGUUAAAACGUGGACCUAAAUAGUGAAUAAAUGUAUAUCGCAUGUAAAAAGUCUGCCUACAUCUCAGACAUUCAAGUUUGCUGUUGUAUUUUCUCUCCUUUAUAAAAUGACCUUGCAAUCUAUAGUUUUCUGCUUAACCUUGUAUCUCUUUUUAUUUCAUUAUUUAUUAAGGCUUUUGCUUAAACAUACGGACUUCGUGCCUUUAAACUGUUCAUCAGGGAAAAUUUUGAAAAAUCAUUUGAAGGGCUUAUGAGAAGGAACACUAAAUUUUUAUAACU